AUGUCGACCGCUGCGGCAGAAGAUAGCAAGUUCAGGCUCCCGACGAACGUCCGCCCUACCCACUACGAUGUCACCGUGCAGACCGACCUCGAAAAGCUCACUUUCAGCGGCUUCGUGAAGAUCAACCUUGACAUCAAGGAGGAUACGAAGGACCUUGUUCUCAACUCGUCUGACCUGGAACUGUCCCCCGCGCGCGUCUGGUCGGACUCUUUGAAGACCGAGCAGGUCCAGUCCAACACCUCCUUCGAAAAGACCCAGGAACGCCUUACCGUCUCAUUCCCCACCGCUCUCCCCGCCGGCUCGAAAGCAACCUUGACCAUCCCCUUCCAUGCCCCCCUCACCGGGAGCAUGAUGGGCUACUACCGCGCCCAGUGGGAGGACGAGGGCGUCAAGAAGCACUACGCCCUCACCCAAUUCGAGCCCACCGCCGCACGCCGCGCAUUCCCCUGCUGGGACGAGCCGCUCCUCAAAGCGACGUUUGCGAUCACCCUGGUCUCUCGCGACGGCACCGUCAACCUAGCGAACAUGAACGACAUCUCCGAGACGGUCUACGAGGCUGGCAGCGCGCUUCCGCAGGACGCUGACUUGGCGAGCCUGCUUAAGAGCACCUGCACCGAGGGCAAGUGGAAGAUCACCAAGUUCGCGACCACGCCGCCGAUGAGCUCGUACAUCGUCGCCUGGGCCAACGGCUACUUCGAGAAGCUCGAGUCGACGGUUAAGCUCCCUGUUAGCGGCAAGGAGCUUCCGCUGAGGAUUUUUGCGACGAAAGACAACAUUCACCAGGCUCAGUUUGCGCUCGAUGUCAAGGCGAAGGUUCUUCCUCUGUACGAGCAGGUCUUCGAGGUCGGCUACCCGCUUCCCAAGCUCGACACCCUUGUCGCUUCCGACUUCGACGCCGGUGCUAUGGAGAACUGGGGUCUCAUCACUGGCCGCACUUCUGUCUUCCUCCUCGACCCCGAGCGCGCCGACCUCCAGGCCAAGACCUGGGUCGCGUCCGUUCAGAGCCACGAAGUCGCGCACAUGUGGUUCGGCAACAUCACAACGAUGAAGUGGUGGGACAACCUCUACCUCAAUGAGGGCUUUGCUACCCUUAUGGGCGAAGUCAUCAUUACGGACAAGGUCUUCCCUGAGUGGAAGCUCACGUCGCAGUUCAUCAACCAACAUUUGUCGCGCGCUCUGUCUUUAGACGCGAAGCUCUCGUCUCAUCCUAUCGAGGUCGAGUGCCCAGACGCCAACCGUAUCAACCAGAUCUUCGAUGCCCUGUCAUACUCGAAGGCUGCGUCGGUCCUCCGCAUGUUGGCUGCGCACGUCGGCGAGGACAAGUUCCUCAAGGGCGUCUCGCUGUACCUCAAGGACCACCUUUUCGGCAACAGCGUUACCGAGGACCUCUGGAAGGGUGUCUCGACCUCCACUGGUCAGGACGUCGUCGCCUUGAUGACCAACUGGGUCAACAAGAUCGGCUUCCCCGUCAUCACCGUCUCCGAGGACGCGAAUGGCAUCAAGGUCCGUCAGGACCGCUUCAUCGAAAGCGGCCCCGCCGACCCCAAGGACAACGAGACCAUCUGGAACGUCCCCCUCGCCAUCCUCACCCGCGACGCCUCCGGCAACUCGACCAUCUCCCGCCCCGUCCUCGGCGAGCGCGAGAAGACCUACCCCCUCGACACCAGCAAGCCCUUCAAGCUCAACGCGGGCACCGCCGGCGUCUACCACGUCCUCUACACGCCCGAGCGCCUCGCGGCCAUCGGGCAGGAGGCCGCGAAGGCGGACUCGCUGUUCACGCUCGACGACCGGAUGGGUCUGGUAUUUGACGCUUUUGCGACGAGCAAGGCGGGCCUGUCGAAGCUGAGCAGCUCGUUGAUGCUGGUGAAUUUGUUGAGGAAUGAGAAGGAGAACCUGGUUUGGGAGACCAUUGCGAGCAACUUGAGCUCGCUGACGUCCAUCUGGUGGGAGCACGAGGAUGUCGUCGACAAGCUCAAGGCUUUCCGUCGCUCCCUCUUCGUCCCUAUCGUCGACCGCCUUGGCUACGAGUACUCCGCCGACGAGCACCCGGAUGUCACGCAGCUGCGCACCCUCGCCAUCUCACAGUCCGCUGCCAGUGACGAGCCAAAGGUUAUCGCCGAACUCAAGCGCCGCUUCGAGCCCUUCUUGAAGAGCGACGACGACUCGCUGAUCCCCGCUGACCUCUUGCGGACGAUCUUCGUGCAUUCCGUCAAGAACGGCGGCCGCGCCGAGUUCGACAAGAUGAAGCAGGUGCUCAAGAAGCCCAAGACGCCGACGUACAGCGUCGCCGCCAUGAGCGCAAUGUGCUCUACCCGCGAUCCGGCUCUCCUCGAGGAGACGAAGCACUACGUGCUGAACGAGAGCCGCGAUCAGGACCUGCUGCACUUCUUCCGCGGUCUGCAGGGUAACACGUCCGCCCGCCGGAUGUUCGUCACUCUCCUGAGGGACAACUACGACACGAUCUGCAAGCGCUUCGAAGGCAACUUCUCUCUUGGCCGCAUCAUCCAGUGCCCCAUCGAGGUCCUCUCGACCGAGAAGGACUACAAGGAGACGGAGGCAUUCUUCGCUGACAAGGACACGUCCAAGUACGACAUGUCGCUCGCGCAGGCGCUCGACAGCAUCAAGGCGCGCUACACGUACAUCGGCCGCUCGACGGAGGACUUGAAGCAGUGGCUGGACGAGUGGCAGGCCAAGCAGUGA